UUAAAUGUGUCAAUUAUAUAGCCUUGUGUAGAGCUGCUCUAUUAUUAUUGUCAGCUUGGAAGACUACGGUUUGGAAGAGACUGCAAUACAAUGAGAGUCCUCAAUAUCGGACCUGAUCCCUCAGAGUUAUACCGACCAGAACAGGCACAGAAGAAGGAUGAGGAAGAAAAUGUUGGCUUCAGGAAUUUUAAGAGUGGGGACCUUGUUCAGCGGGUCUAUAACACCUACAAACUGAUGCACACCAAUCAGUCACUUCAAUUUGUGAAACAAAAGCAUGUGGAGUGGUUUGGCUUCAAUCACACAAAGAUGACAGUCAUGGAAAGUCUGGAUGCUUUGGAUCAGCUGGUGGAUCAGUCUGAUCCUGAUGUUGACUUUCCGAACUCUUUCCAUGCUUACCAGACAGCAGAGGGGAUUCGUAAAGAACACCCAGACAAAGAUUGGUUCCAGCUGGUGGGUCUCAUUCAUGACAUUGGGAAGAUCAUGGCUCUCUGGGGUCAGCCUCAGUGGGCAGUAGUUGGUGACACAUUUCCAGUGGGCUGCAAAUUCCAGAACUCCAUUGUUUUCAGAGACAGCACUUUUGGGGACAAUCCUGAUGACAAAAACCCAGCCUACAAUACCGAAUAUGGGAUAUACAAACCAAACUGUGGGCUGGACAAUGUAUAUAUGUCAUGGGGUCAUGAUGAGUAUUUAUACAGAGUGAUGAAAUUCAACAAAUGCCCAAUUCCAGAGGAGGGUCUAUAUAUGAUUCGAUUUCAUUCAUUCUACCCCUGGCACACUCACGGAGACUACACACACCUCUGCAAUGAAAAGGAUCUGAAAAUGCUGCCCUGGGUGAAGGAAUUCAACAAAUUUGACCUCUACACUAAAAGUACAGAUCUUCCUGAUGUCAAGAACCUUAAGCCAUAUUAUCAGUCUCUGAUUGACAAGUACUGUCCAGGGAUGUUGUCCUGGUGAAAGGAUGCCUGAGGUUCUACAAUGGGAAUGGAGUGUUCAAAUAAGCUGUGUAACAUUGUAACAUUUGUAUGAAAAAGACUUUGACCUUUGUAAAAGGUGAAAUGUGAAUGGUACAAUGUGAGUGAAUUAUGACAGGAUUCCUCAGUUUCAUUUAAAUGGAGAAGAAAAAAACACAACUCCUUCUUGUCACAGUGACAACACUAGAGUCCUGCUCGUCAACAGUGAGUCAGAAACAUCUGCAUAGGCCUACAUGAACACUACCAAAACCCUACGGGUUGACCCAUUUAGAGUAUAUAUAGUAUACCCAAGGGUAUUGGCUUAGUAAGACUGAUGCUUUGGGGUUAUUGUAGCACUGGAGGAGUGUGGAUAAAAAGAGCAAAUGCAUUAAAGUUUUAAAACAUUGUCCUUCAAAUUGGAAACUGUUGCUUUAGACAUUUUGCACAGAAGGCCCCUACCUUCAAGAGACAGCCAUUAUAAUUCAGUUAAAGCCUAAAUUUGCAAGGCUAGGUCAUUUAGACUCAGGGGAUAGGAAACUUCUAUGUCAAUAAAGUUAUACCAUAAAACAAAUAACAUCACACCACAAACUAAAUAUACUGUUUAUAAUACAUAACUCUAAAGAUCAUAUAACUAGGUAUUUUCAAUAAGUACAGUACAUUCACUACUUCACUAGUGAAGACACAUAUCUCUUGGGGAAUAUCUUAAUUGUAACUAUGAAUCAUGUUGUCUAUGGUUAAUACUGUUCUUCCAUUCUUGUAAAAGCUGAUUAAAGUAUUAGGAAACACCGCA